GGGCGUGGAGUGUGAGCCACCCGCCAGGCUACUUUGGACUCUGCACCCUCGGGUGUGUACGUCCUGUUUAGUACUGACAGGCUGUUUAGUCCUCCUCUGCCCGUCCAUGGAAGAGGCCAGGCCCCCAUCGCCAGGCGAUGAUCUGGAGCUCUCGGUGCUCCAGGGGCAGCCAAACGAGCAGACGCCUCUCAAUGGAACCGUCCAGAGCAUCCUUUCUUUAACCGAGGAACCCUGCUCAGUCCAGGCUGACAAGGAAAGCCCCUGGAGCUCCUGUAAUAAGAACUUGAUUGGAAAGUGCAAACUGUGGAUGGUCCUCACCUCUGUUUUCCUAGGUUUCAUUAUAGUCAUCAUCAUAGGCUUAUGUCUUACUGGAGUAACUUACGUUGAUGAAGAUGAAAAUGAAAUACUUGAAUUAUCAUCAAAUAAAACAUUCUUGGUCAUGCUAAAGAUUCCAGAGGCGUGUGUUACUGAAGAGGAAUUGCCCAACCUGCUCGCAAAAAGGCUCACGGAUGUGUACAGUUCGUCACCAGCUCUGAGCCGUUAUUUUACUUCAGUUGAAAUCAUGGACUUCAGUGGUGAAAAUGCCACAAUAACCUACCACCUGCAGUUUAGGGUUCCAUCGGAAGACCACAGUUUUAUGAAGUAUAUGAUGAGUGAGGAGCUGGUGCUGGGCGUUCUGCAACAGGAUCUCCAUGAUCAGAACAUGUCUGGUUGUGAGGCUCUGGGGCUUGAUCCAGCAUCCCUCUUGCUCUAUGAAUGAAGCUGUAGAGGCUGAUCUGUGUCUGAAAGCAGCACUCCACUGAACUUUGGGAUGAAGAGGAUUCAUUCCAUUUUAUAGAAAAGAUCCUGUGAAUUAACGUAGAAGGAGUUGCAGUGACUGAGGGGUGGAGAUGGUCCUUUUUCUCCUGAUUCUGCACAGUUAUGGAGUCUGGCUUUACAUCCAGGAAAAUAGCACCCCAGCGCUGCCCCAGCUGGGUCCAGAUGGGACCAGGAUGACUGACAGGGUGGCGGGAGGUCAUUCCAGUGCAAGGUCACUGCUGUUCCUGAAGUACUAGUUGCCUCCACCCACACGUGCACACUUUCUCUUUAGCGGAGGGGUGGCCUUUCACGCGGGAUUCCUCCAACCUGAGCCUUGGAGAGAGAACUGGGGGAGGCAGGCGAGAGGCAAGGCGGAGUUGAGCCAAUGGCUCACUGAAGUCCUCCCACUCCCCUCUCUCCCACCUUUAGCUUUGAUCUACCUCUGAGCAGGGCUGUGAGGAAGAGGUCAGCACCUCCAGAUGUGAUUCUGUGUCUGCUCCCAUGACCUGUAGCUGAAGGGCUCAGCAAAGCAGCCUUCCGCUCACCACUCAAUGUUACUGCAUUGUGUAGAGCUACAGCAAUGAGAAGUGUGAUUCUUCACCAUUUCCCUUCUCUUCAUUGCUCCCGUGACUCCUGAGCACCCCUUUUGGGUCCCGUGAGUUUGGAGCACACCACUGUCAUUUUGGGUAGUAAUUUAUAUUUUCACCAUCUUCCAUGAGAAACAUUAAGACUGCUCAGCAUCUGCUGUGGAUAGUGCAUGUUCAUUGGCUCUUUGCUGUCCAGGGUUACUAGCCUUCCCAUAGGACUCAGUGUCUUCAAUGGUAUAUCUCACUGAAGAUGGUUGUGAAACAGAAAGAAUCACUCUCAGAAAUAAACUACUGGAAGUUUAAUGCCAGAUCCUUUGAGGAGGGUGGGAAUAAGGGUCGCUGCAUUGGUGGGCCACAGAUAGCGUGUUGUCUGUCUUGAAGGAACAGAGUGUCUUUUUGGGGACAUUGCUUUGCUGGAAAUUUUCCAGGAGAGUUUUGUGAUCAUGUAAUGAGACGUUCUUAGCGUUGAUGUCUCGGUUAAAUUGGCCUUGGGUGGACAUCAGGAUGGGGGCCUCUGUGUCCAGGGAUGUACGCAUCUUGGGCUAGAUCUGCCUUGAGCUCUUUAUGACCCAGAACUCUGAAUAAUGUGAAUUUGCUUCCUUGUUUAACUAGAAGAUACAUUUAUUGUAACUCGGUGUCUCAUUUUGAGGAUAGUUCCUCAAACUAGUGAAACAGGUGAAUUUCCCUUCUUCCUUUUUAGUUUUUACAUGUCAAACAUAAACCCCCGUGCGUUUGUAUUUUAGAAAAUAAUGAAGAACAUCAUUGGAGAAGGAUUUAAAAUAUUGACAAUAAAUUAUUUUUGCCUC